AUGCCGAAGGAAAAAAGAAAAGUUACUGGAGCCUCAAGUGAUGAUCCACAGCCAGGGACUGACCUGGUAAGAAAGGAAUCAUUAACCAGUUCGGAAUCUUUCCAAACAGUGGAGUGCAGUGAAAUUCGAAGUACACCUCUCUUGCGGUCUUCGGGUAAGGAAGUUUUGGUAGACGGUAUUAAAAGAAGACGUCGAAUUAAAACACUUGAAAGCUUAGCAAGUCCACUCUUCAAAAUAACUGAAAAUAAGGUUACACAAAAUAGAAAGGUUGAAUUUCAAGAUGAACUGUACAAGAAUACUCCAAAAUAUUCUUGUAACAGCGUGUCACCUGGAGUAGAAAAUAAUUCCAUUUUAAAAUUACAUGAUUGCAGUUGUUUCCCCCAUUCCAAGGAUUGUAAUGAUGAAAAUAACCUUACAUAUAAACCUGAUGGUGGAUGUAUCCAUGAAUCAGAAAAUUCCUCAGAGUUAAAGAAAGAAAACCUUGGGAGUCUUUCAGAUAAGAGUGACACAAAUAAUAUUCCUCAACUUUCAAACACUGAAGAAAACUUAAUGGGAGUAAAUAAAUUAUUGCUUGAAGAAACUGAUAUAUACCAAAGCAAAAAUAAUGGCUUGCUUCCCUGCCGUCAAAAUGAAAAAAAUAAAUACUCAGUAGAGGAGAGCAGUGUUGGGAGAAAACCCAGGAAAAGGAUGAAGGUGUCUGAAAAAAGAGAUGAAAUGGUUAUCAAAAUGAACUUCUCUAAUGUGCAUAACAAGUCUGAGUUGCUGUUACAAGAAAACCAUACGGGUGCUGAAAGUACAGAAGCAAAAACUUUAAAAAUUUUGAGAAAAGCAAACCAUAAUACACUUUCUCCAGUAGAUCAUUUAUCAAGUCUUCCAGAAACAGUAGGAAAAAAGACAAGUCCUAAGCAUCUUGUAAAUACUAUGUUUCAGAAAACCCUAGCGCCACUUUUGAAAGAAGAAACCAAAAAUGCUUCAGAACCCUUAAGAAGUAAAAGCACUGAGCCAGAAAUGAAAAGCUCAACAGUGAAAUCACCUAGUAAUUGCCAUCCUAUUGAAAAGAGAUCACAGGAAGACUUAAGAAAUGAAGCUGAAGAAUUCAAGUUCACCUGUCACAGAACAAUACCAAUGACGGGUAAAAGAACUUGGCCGUGUUAUUCAUGUGCUAGAGUAACUGCCUAUUGUUGGAAAAAGUCUUCCUUGCCAGAAUCAAAUAACUCUCUUCCUGGGUCUGGGGAAAGUGUUAGGCAAGAUGAUUUCCUUAAACAUCAACCAAAUCAGACUCACUUAAUUGACUCCAAAUUACCAUUACAAAGUUCCAUAAAAGAAACAAAUAGUGAAUCUUCAAGUAAAGAAAAAUUGGAUUCUAAUAUAAAUUGUCUGUCUGCGAUCUCUGAAGUAGUCUCUGCUAUAAAACCUACUUUAAUGGUUAUAAAUGAACCUGUAAUCGAUGAUGAAAAGAUGAAGUAUGAGGAACCGAGCAGAAGUGGGUUAGAGGUAGUUUCUAAUGCAACUGAAGAUACUCGGUUAACUAAUGUGACUCAAAACUUAACAGGAAAUAAAAGAAAAGAGAGAGGGACUUUAACAAAACUUAAUUUGACACUGGCUUCCCAGCAUGGCCAGGAAGCUAACAACUCUACAGGCAAAACUAUUCACCGAAAAACAUGUGUUGCUAAGCCAACAGUUGUGGUUCCAGACUUUGUUAAAAUACUGAACACAGGACGGCUGACUAAUUUUAAAAUUCCUCUACUUAAAAAUAAAACAGAAAAAAGCAAAGAAAUAAAUGCCAAGUCAUCAGAGAGAGAAGCAUAUAGUCCCCUAGAGCUUCUUGACAAUAUAUCUGGAACAGAGAUAAGACAGAAUAGGAAUAAAGAAAACAUCUCCACAGUAAUUUCAGGACUUCAAUCUUUGAACAUACAAAAUAGUGUCGCUCCAGUGCAAUCUAGUUCUGACUUAUACUGCAAUAAGAAUUUCCAUAGAAUUUCUUCAAGUUUCUUAAAGCAAGGUAAUAAUAAACCAUCUAACUGUAUCUCUGAACCAGGCAAUGUCGUUUCUAAUAAGAAAGCUGUUUCUCUCACAGUUGAAAAGAAUACCUUUUUCUGUGAUCCUGGGUGUAUAGAGAAAAGUCCUGCCUUCUGCUCUGAUGAACAAGAAACAUUCAAACAAGUUUCCUCUGAAGUUAGUGGUAGAAAAACAACUAAGAACUUUUCAGACAUUAAAAUUAUUCCAGAUAUUCUUAAAGCAUAUGAAGAUGAUGUCCUCUUAAUUGAUGUAAUUCAAGAUGACCCAGACCUCUUUGGAGUCUCCAAUGAAGGGGAGCUCUCAUUUACUUCAGAGGUCCCCAUGGUAAACCAGGAGCCCAAUGUUGCUGAAGAGCAGCAAUCAACAGACUCCAAGCACGUGGAACUUCCUGAAAAAAAAGAACCAAGUGAUAACUUGAGAGAAUUUCCUGUACUGGAUCCUGGAUUGAAGUCAGAGAUCUGUACUUCCUUGCCAGCAGCAAGUGAGAAAAAAUAUGAUUUUAAAGAUGCAAACAUUUCCUUAGGAGAAGUUACGAAUAGGACCUCUCAAAAUGAAAAACUGGGAGACUGCAAUGAACACAUAAAAAGUUCAGACUUGGAUGAAAAGUGUAAAUUUUCAGACAAAGUGACUAUUAAGGAAGAAAAAGAAAAUAUGCAUGAAGUUUGCAAAAGCAAAGAUUCUAAAAAUGCAGAGAUUAUGGUUAGUGAAUGUCAGUUAGCAACACUGGGCCCAAAACCUCUGUGCUUAUCGCUGCCACCUUUGAAUCUAAGUGCUUUUCAAGAAGACACACUAAAGCCAUGGAUGAAUGAUUUCAGAUUUUCAGGACAACAUUGUGUCCUAAAGUUGCAGAACCCUGAAACCUGUGAAAUAUUUAACAGGGAAAAGGUUGUAAGGGUGUUUCAGAAGUCCCUAGGGUUGAUGAUACCCCAUAGAUAUUGCAAAUUUCAUUUUAACACGUUACGUGGCUGUGAGCGAUCACAGUGUAAGUUUGCUCACGUGCCUGAGCAAGGGGAUGAAAAGGUUUGCAUGGAUGUGCUUAAAAAAUAUAUAAGCAUCAACGAGCUGUGUUUGCUACAACGUGCAGUAAACAUGUUUACAGAGUACUACAGAAAGUUUCCUCCUGGUAUACACUUUGAUUUACAAGUGCUAAAUGACCUCUUGAAUUCUUUACUCAAGCAUUGCUUAUUGAAAGAAGUAUUUCAGGUACUGAACCUCAGCAUAAUGGUUAACACGCUGCCUGCUCUGAAAAUAUUACUAGAAAUAUUUGAGUAUGUGGCAACUAUGAAAUUAAGGAGUGCUGUACCUGCUUUAAUUGGUAUCUUUUGCAAGCUUGUUGAAGCUGGGCUGUUGCUUGACCCAGAACACUUUAGCUAUAUUGUUAAACUCUUACACCAAGUACAAGCUCCCAAACAAGAAAUAACUGCGGUUCUAGAAAUGAAAUCCAGGUUACAAAUGAGGCAAUUUAAAAAGAACUGGACCUGUGAUUUAGAUUUAGCCUUGAAUGAAAUAAAGCAUUGUAAGGAAAAUGGUGACUGGACCAAAUUGGGAAAUUUAUACCUGAAGGUAAAAAUGGACUGUGAAAAAUUUGUAGAUUUCCAGAGAUUUUGUACUUGUGUUGCUGAAACACUAACAAAAGGCUAUAAAGAAGAAAGACCAAGUGUUCCAUUUUGUGAAUUUGCUCAAACAGUGAGCAAAGAUCCGCAAAAUAGUGAAGUAGAUAAAACUUUGCUGGGAAGAAUCGGAAUCAGUGCUAUAUACUUCUAUCACAAGCUGUUGCAGUGGUCCAAGUCAGAAUGGAUAAUCGAUACACCACAAUGGCCUUGUGAUAGACUGGAUAUACUCAAUCGACACAAUCUGCUCUGUACAAUUGCACAUGAAAUCUUAGCCAAGAGCCUUUACAGAGAGACAUUUGAAGUUUUGCAAAAUCUACCAGGUUUUCAAAAUUCUCAAGAAGUUGUGGAGGUCUCACAGUAUAGCCCUCUUUUUAAUAAACUUCUGGAUGCCUGUGUAGAAAGCAAUAGUCUUGGUAUUUCAUCCUCCGUAGCAGAAUUCAUGAUUUCAAAGAGUAUCCCUAUUGAUUUUUCCUCUCUUAGAAGAUUAAUUACUUCUUUAGGAAGGAGUUGUUUAUGGCUCAAAGCCAGAACCCACUACAAAAGUGCUCUUUCAUUGAGUUGCUAUCCACCAUUAGAGGGAAAUUUAUACCGAAAACUUCUACGGAUUCCUUCUUAUUUAUCUGAGGUUGAAAUGCUUUUAGCUAUUGAAAUCUUCCUGGUAUCGAAUUCUAGUAGUAUUCAGAGUCCUGGUACUCCUACCCAGACGCUGCAGAUAGUUUUGAAAAGAUGUGAAGAAAACAAGUCUCAGAGCAAGGAUGAUUAUCAAGCUGCAGUGGAAAGAUUAAUGAAGGCUGUUCGUUUAUCAGACCCAAAGCUUUUCGUUAAGCACAUGACCGUCAAUGUUAAUAAGGAGCAGGUUUAUAGUUUGGAACAUUGUUCUGCCCUGAAAUGGUUGAAAGAGAACAUGAAGUGGGCUGGAAAGGUUUGGCUUUUCAAUAAACAUUAG